CAUGGGUGUCAUUUUCAUGGUUUUCGGGGUCAACAAUAACGAAUAUCGGGUCAAAAUCGAAAUCCAAGAUGGCGCCGAUGAAAUUUACCAACUUCUCUUCAUGGGUGUCAUUUUCAUGGUUUUCGGGGUCAACAAUAACGAAUAUCGGGUCAAAAUCGAAAUCCAAGAUGGCGCCGAUGAAAUUUACCAAAAUCUCUUCAUGGGUGUCAUUUUCAUGGUUUUCGGGGUCAACAAUAACGAAUAUCGGGUCAAAAUCGAAAUCCAAGAUGGCACCGAUGAAAUUUACCAACUUCUCUUCAUGGGUGUCAUUUUCAUGGUUUUCGGGGUCAACAAUAACGAAUAUCGGGUCAAAAUCGAAAUCCAAGAUGGCGCCGAUGAAAUUUACCAACUUCUCUUCAUGGGUGUCAUUUUCAUGGUUUUCGGGGUCAAUAAUAACGAAUAUCGGGUCAAAAUCGAAAUCCAAGAUGGCGCCUAUGCAAAUUACCAAGUUCUCUUCAUGGGUGUCAUUUUCAUGGUUUUCGGGGUCAACAAUAACGAAUAUCGGGUCAAAAUCGAAAUCCAAGAUGGCGCCGAUGAAAUUUACCAACUUCUCUUCAUGGUUGUCAUUUUCAUGGUUUUCGGGGUCAACAAUAACGAAUAUCGGGUCAAAAUCGAAAUCCAAGAUGGCGCCGAUGAAAUUUACCAACUUCUCUUCAUGGGUGUCAUUUUCAUGGUUUUCGGGGUCAACAAUAACGAAUAUCGGGUCAAAAUCGAAAUCCAAGAUGGCGCCGAUGAAAUUUACCAACAUCUCUUCAUGGGUGUCAUUUUCAUGGUUUUCGGGGUCAACAAUAACGAAUAUCGGGUCAAAAUCGAAAUCCAAGAUGGCGCCGAUGAAAUUUACCAACUUCUCUUCAUGGGUGUCAUUUUCAUGGUUUUCGGGGUCAAUAAUAACGAAUAUCGGGUCAAAAUCGAAAUCCAAGAUGUAUUUCAAACAAUCAAUUUGGGCAAUUUAAAACGCAUUGCUUUAUCGAUGUAA